UAACGUUUAUGCAUGAUUGUGGUGUUUCUGCACUGCAUGUCAGUUAUUUUUGGUGUAUUUCUGUACGGGUGCUAUAAGUUGGCUUUUGAUUUCAGUUACUGUGUGCAGUGCUUGCAGAAGAGCAAAUAUUGAAAACAAGAUUAUGUAAUAUAACCGGUGUGACAGAUUUGUUAAUGUAGUCUUUUAGAAGUACUGCUGUUAUUUCAUUAGCUAACCUAUUUAUCAUUACUCUUCAUUCUGUGCUAUGAAAGGUGUCUGAGUACAGAGAUGCUGGUGGAAAGGUGGCAUGCAUCACUGCUCUUGCAUGGACGGUUGAGCUGCGGUGGUGUACAAUUACAAAUUCGAUCAAAGUGCCAGACGAUACUGUGUGGGAGGGAGGGUGCUGAAAAGAUGCUUGCUACGGCUACACAUUGUAUACCAACAACACUCCAAAGAGCAUUGGACCUGCUGCAGUGACAGCCAGCCAGAUGGUUUGGUUGUGUCUAUGGGGUUUCGCAUAAAUGCGUGCUACCUGUUUAACCCGGGAGGAAGUCUAACUGUAACAGGUGGAGGCGUGCAUGCGGCACAGAUUGUCUUAGGGCGUCUACCGUAGCAAAGCUGUCCACGCCUGUAUGGACUUGAGAGUACCUGCAUGUGGAAGUGGCGGUGGUGGAGGGGGGAAAUGGCCUAAUCUCUGAUAUACACACACCUACCCCCCAACCCGCGCCACAUGGCCGCUCACUUCCUAUGGUACAGUGCAGCACGGAGCAAAGGUCGACAUGGCAUAACAAGAGUGGACAUACGCAACUGCUAGUGCUCAGUGUCAGAAUGUAUUCCCUGCCCCCCCCCCCCCCCCACACACACACACACGCCUUCCGUUGGCCAUUCCACUACGCCAGCCCUAACGCGAUAACAAAAAACACACUCCUCUUUCGGCCCCCGGCAACACCACUUACUGGUCAGUCACACGCAAUGCAUACGAGAUGAUGUAAUGCGUCCAGAUCUCUUUGCCGUAUCGGUCUCAGUUUCAUGGCACUGCUCACUCAUGGCCCGGGUUUCAGUUUCCUCCCUUAGACUCUCAUUGUUGUUAUUAUUAUCAUGGCUAGGGGCUUCCUUUAGGCUCAUCGAUGCACUUUGCAAGAUUUGCCCAUUGUUUCCCGGCGUUCUCCCGUGGUAAUGGACCCUUAGCAGAGACGUCUUGUAACGCUGUGUCAUCACUCGUGCUCUCAUCAACGUUUAAUCAUUCGGAGGAGGAGCGAGAGGGAGAGAGUUGACAAGGAAACGUCUGGGAGAAAGUUUUCCUGCUGAUGCUGUCUCUAUUUGAGAGGCAAACUAGUGUUAUGGAGUGUGAGAUUAUGAGUAAUCAAGAACAAUCCUGGCUGAAGAAGCGGCGGCAGCUCAAGCAGAGCAUAUCAGAGAAGAACGCCCAUGAGCAGAACCCUGCGCACCCGCUGCCCAAGUCGCCGUUGAUUUCCUGUCCAGACACACAGAACGGCGCCGAGCCGACGGACAGGGCCGAGAAAGCCGGCGAACCGCAGUCGAGGAAGGCGGCGAAGCCUCCCUCGGACUCAGCAGACAGUUUAAAAGCCGUCGCCCAGACAAAGAGGGAGAAGAGACGACCCCCUGGGACUGUGGAGUUUACCGUGGGGCUGGACGACACCCUCAACAGCAUCGCCCUGCGCUUCAACGUCACCCCCAACGAGCUGGUGCAGCUCAACAAGCUGUUCGCCCGCAGCGUCUACACCGGGCAGAAGCUAUUCGUCCCGGAUUUGAGCCAAUCGGAGACGGCGCCCCAGCCCGCUGAGAAUGGCACGCAGGAGGGCGUCUCCGACAGCAGGCCAGCGAAGCCCAUCCAGCGCCACGCGUCCCCCCCCUCGGAGGACGAGGGCCCCACCACGGUGAAGUUCAUCAAGAUGAGCUGCAAAUACUUCACCGACGGCAUGGGCGUGGUGGGCGGGGUGCUGAUCGUCACGCCCAACAACAUCAUGUUCGACCCCCACAAGUCGGACCCGCUGGUGAUCGAGCACGGCUGCGAGGAGUACGGCCUCAUCUGCCCCAUGGCGGAGGUGGUGUCGGUGGCGCUGUACGACGACGUGUCGCGCAUGAAGCUCAAGGACGCCCCACCCUCCGAGCUACCCCAGGAUCUGUGUCCUGUCUACAGGCCCGGCGAGUGGGAGCAGCUGCCCUCGGUGCAGGACCUCAACCCCUUCAGCCGCUACCAGGCGCUGGAGACCAAGGGGCCAAUAUUCCUGGACAACAUCAGCUCCAACUACUCAGAAUGUGCGAGGGAGCUGGUGGACAAGACCCCAUCGGACGAGGGCUUCACAGAGCUGGAGCCCACCCUGAACGGGAGUGGAGACGACCCGGACCCAAUGGCCCCCGCACCCCCAUACGGGGGUCAGCAGGCGCCCGCGGGACCCCCGGCCCUCGACCCAGAGGAAGAGCCCACGGCGUGCUCCGCGUGUCGAACGGAGGAAGAGGAGGACGAGGGCGUGGCCCCGAACAGCUCGGUGGAAGACGGCGAAUCCCUGCAGUCGUCCGCCGAGACGGAGAAACGGAGGGUUGCGAGCAGGGAGGCGAUCGACGCCAAAGACGGGAACGCUGCCACGUCUCCCGGGAGCCAGGGGUUUGUGAGCUGUGACACGAAGGGACGGCAGGACCCGGUGCUGAGUCGGUCGGACUCGGGUUCGGGCGUGGAGGCUGAUGGGAAGGGCGGCCGCGAGGGUCUGGCCUCACAGGAGAAACCCCAAGGAGAGGCCAGUGGACUGAGCGAGGAGGAGAGGCGCAAGAAGACCUACAAGGCGGAGAUGAAGUCCUGGCUGCUGAAGAGGAUGCAGGCUCCGAUACAGGACAUGCUCCAGUCCUCGGAGGAGAAGAGCAAGAAGCCGCCCAUGUUCCUGUGCUUCAAGUUGGGCAAGCCCAUGAGGAAGUCGUUCGCCGUGGCCAUGAACUCCAGCCCCGCCCACUCGUACGGCGGCCGGGGAAAGCAGCCAGAGUACUGGUUUGCUGUGCCUCAGGAGAGGGUGGACCACCUGUACGGCUUCUUCGUCCAGUGGUCCCCCGACGUGUACGGGAAGGAGGCCCGCGAGCAGGGCUUCGUGGUGGUGGACGAGAUGGACAUGGUCGACAACUUCUUCAGCGACCCCGCCUCCUGCAGCUGGGAGAUCAUCACCGUCGACGAGGCCAAGCGCCGGCAGAGCUUCAGCAGCUUCGAGGCGGACCUGUCGCUGGACGCGCUGCCGCUGCUGGGAGAGAGCAGCGCCCUGCUGCAGGACACGCACGUGGAGAAGCUGGCCAGUCGCCUGCCGGCCCGGGUGCAGGGUUACCUCUGGAGGCUGGCUUACAGCUCCCAGAACCACGGCACCAGCCUGAAGACGCUCUACAGAAACCUGCUGGAGCUGGACGGCCCGGUCCUGCUUGUACUGAAGGACAUGGACAACCAGAUCUUUGGGGCCUUCUCCAGUCAUCCCUUCAGAGUGAGCGAACACUACUAUGGCACUGGAGAGACGUUCCUCUAUAGCUUCUGCCCUGAGAUCAAGGUGUACCGCUGGACGGGGGACAACUCUUACUUUGUGAAAGGCAAUAUUGACUCUCUGCAGUUUGGUGGUGGAGGGGGUCAGUUGGGGCUGUGGCUGGAUGCAGAGCUGUAUCGGGGCACCACCAGCGGCUGCGCCACCUUCGACAACCAGGCCCUCUCCGCCCAGCGGGACUUCAACAUACACAGCGUGGAGGUCUGGACCUUCGAGUAACACCAGCCAGCUCCCGUGUUCGCGUUUCAAAUAUUAGAACCGCAACCCCAUCAACUAUAUCUACUACUUGCCUAGUCUAUUUACACCACUAGGUGGCAGCACCCAGCUUCCCAGAUUACCACUACACUUGUUUUGACACAAGAACCAGGGCAAGCAGGGUAUGAAGCAGACUUUGAGUGGGUUCUCUGCUCCUUGGUUGAUGAUGAAUAUAUAUAUAUAUUCGAGCUGGAAUGAUGUCAUUCGAGAAGGGUAUUGUGUUGUCUUAUCUCAUUGGCUGUGUCGGACCAAUCACAACGCCUCUAGUUAUCCUAGCAUGCAGACUGCCUUGGCACCAUAUGCUCCUGAGAGAAAAGGGAAUGCUUACGGAUGCUCUUCAGCUUAUGGCUUUCAGGGCCGGAGUUGCCAUAAUACAAGAGCAAAUGCACCUGUAUUUAACGAAGAGUAAAAACAGCAAUGGUGCAAAAAACCAUCCAUGUUAUACAGUUAUGUGCUAAUAACAAAGGGAAUGUUUGGUGAGGUAUAUUCUGCUUGUCCCAAAGGCAAACCAAACAAGACACUCUCCCUUAAAAAAAAAAAAAGGCAGGAAACCGAGUGGUUGUUUACAAUGAGAA